GCCUAAAAGUAAAUGAAUUGGGAAAAAAUGUAAAAUUACGAUUGCAUAUCUUCGAUAUUCUGCAAGAGAACUCAACUAAAAUGUGUUAUAAGUGUGGAUAUGAGGAUUUCUUAACGAAUGCAAUACGUGACAGCUACACCAGUCGGCGGCGAUAAUACACCAAUACGAUGGUUGCCAAACGCAAAUAAACCUUAAAAUGAAGAAGAAAAACUCGUCGAAUUAGAAACUGUGAGUCAUGUUCUUCUUAAGUGCGAGUUCUACUCAUACCGACGAAGGAGACUGUACAGAGACCUAGGAGCGGACUAACUGUUUUUAAUCUUUGCUCUCUACUUGACAUGGACAAAUACGAAGAAACUUCUGAACUUUCUCAUAACCACAGAACUGUAUAAGAAAAUUUCCAGGCAUCUCUAUGGACUAUGAGUAACAUCCAGUAGUUGGCAGCAAUACGCCGAUGAUGCGUCUGUCUGCCUCAUUCAAUGAAGAAGACGAAUAAAUCGUCCCGUGAUCUGUUACGUCAGUUGUCGAAACAGCACAACUCAGGGUUAGCUCAUUUGGCAGAGAUGGCUGGUCUAAGCACAGCAAAGAGAUGGCUACCUGCUCAACUGUUGGUCCUGUGGAUUAUGACCAACAUCUCUGAGUCAAGAGUCUGCUUGUUUGCUCCUGAUGUUGUCACACUGAAGAAAAACUCUGAAGCCAACAUCACUAUUACUUCCAGUUCAGCUGUCAACCAGUCAGCUGUGAUUGCAAUAAAUGUAACCUACAGCUCCAAGCAGAACUACUCAUCUAUAAUCACAGUGCCUGAGCAGGUGUUGCUGCCAGCAGAGACUACCUCAGUCAGUUUCAAUGUGACAGCUCAUGUUGUCGGUCAGGUGACCACAUACCUACUUACCAACAACACAGAACUCAACAGUUUGCCUGUCAGGAUCCGCUUCAUAGUCGUCCACAGCAACAUUCUGUCUAUAUUCAGUCAAGUGAUUGGGUGGAUUUAUUUUCUGGCCUGGUCGGUGUCUUUCUAUCCACAAGCUUGGGAAAACUGGAGAAGAAAAAGUGUUGUAGGUCUCAACUUUGACUUCCUCGCUCUCAACCUGACAGGAUUCAUUGCUUACAGUGUCUUUAACAUAGGGCUGUUCUGGGUACCUUAUAUAAAGGAAGAGUUUCUGAAGAGGAACCCAAAUGGAAUCAACCCUGUCAAUGCUAAUGAUGUUUUCUUCAGUCUCCAUGCUGUCCUGCUGUGUUUGGUUUACAUAAGCCAAGCUGUUAUUUAUGAGAGGGGGAAUCAGAGAGUCUCAUGGAUGGCCUUGUUUUUGUUGCUGAUUGGCUGGACAUUUGCUUUGAUCAGCCUAUUUCUUGCUGUAGCCAAACAAAUCACCUGGUUGGACUACCUGUACUAUUUCUCCUAUAUUAAACUAGCAGUCACUCUGAUCAAAUAUGUGCCACAGGCAUACAUGAACUACCGUAGACAGAGUACCAAGGGAUGGAGUAUUGGUAAUGUGUUGCUGGACUUCACUGGUGGAACCCUCAGUAUUCUACAGAUGAUCUUACAGUCUUACAACAAUGGCAUACAGAAGCUUUUUUUGAAGGCCUUACAGAGCCCUUUACAUCUUGCCAUGAUGUCUCCUCAUACUUCACGGGCAAAGAGAACAACAAACCUAGAUGUCAGAACUUUAAAUAAACCAGGUUCCAUGUGUGACUCCGUAAGUAGGCUAUAAUCAUUCACACCUAAUCUGAAACCCCUGAUUCUAAUUUGAUGUAUUUGAAGGUGUGAGACAUGUAAUUUUAUCAUUUGACUGAUCUGUUUGUUAAAUUAUGUAAAUUGUGUGUUAUGUACUGACUUGCGUGGCUAAAAUGAACAAAUGUGUGUACAUGUGGAAAAUGAGGAAAAAAGUAAGUGGUAAUGCACUAAUAUUUACCACAAAAUUAUUUUUGCUGGAGCAUGAUCUUUGUACUAACUGUGAUGUGUGUUGUUCCUCAGAUGAGUGGAGGCUGGUGUUUGGUGAUCCUACAAAGUUUGGUCUGGGUCUCUUCUCUGUGGCAUUUGACAUCCUCUUCAUGAUUCAGCACUAUUGUCUGUAUAGGUGCCCCUCUCAGUAUGAGGCUGUUGCAGAGCAACAAGAAGACUGAUGCUGACUCAUUGUCUGAUACAAGGGAACACGUCUUCUCAAAUAAUAAAAGGACUGAAGCUACUGAAGAAA